AUGGUAAAUGCUCGUCGUCCAUCUUUCCCUCGCUCAGGUUGCCUCUCCUCUAUUGAGCUUCAAGAAGCCGAAAUUUGUUUGAUACGUCUAGUUCAGUCUCUGCAUUUCGCUGAGGAGCUAGCUGAAAUUAAAAAACCUUCUUCUCGUCAUCGGCUUGUCAUGAAACUCCAUCUCUUUCGCGACAAUCAUGAACUCAUACGUGUCGGUGGUCGCCUUUCAGCCUCCUUACUACCUUAUAAACACAAACAUCCUGUUCUCCUACCCAAAAAUCAUCAUCUCACGCAUCUGAUCAUUGAUGAUGCCCAUUAUCGUCUACUUCACGCCGGUGCUUUAGCUACGCAUUCGUUCAUUCGUCGACGGUUCUGGCUCUUGAAUGGCCGCAACGUAGUUCGUAACCGUCUACGAAAAUGUAACCGAUGCUUCUCCUGCAAACCUCGUCCUCUCAUUCAGCCAAUGGGCAAUCUUCCGCCUGAGCGGUUAUUUUCUGCUAUGGCUUUUCUUACCACUGGCGUUGACUACGCUGGUCCAUUUUAUGUGACGAGUGCGCGACUGCGCGGAGCCGUCAGCACCAAGGCAUAUCUAGUCGUCUUCAUCUGUUUCACUACUAAAGCGGUUCACCUAGAGUUAACGUCUGAGCUAUCCACCCCAGCUUUCAUUGCUGCUUAUCGUCGCUUUGUUGCACGCCGAGGUCAUCCUUCUGCUAUCUUUUCGGAUAACGGGACCAACUUCGUGGGUGCGCAUAAUUACCUUCGUGACCUUGGCCGCUUAUUGGCUGCUCCACAACAUCAGCAGAGUCUGUGUGAUGCCGCCUCUUCCUCUGGUACUGACUGGCGAUUCAUACCUCCUUCCAGCCCUCACUUUGGCGGCCUUUGGGAGGCUGCUGUCAAAUCUGCUAAGCAUCAUCUCUCACUCGCGUUAUCGGCGAGCAAAAACUCACGUACGAGGAGUUUCUCACCGUCUGUACUCAAGUGGAGGCAAUUCUCAACUCUCAUCCUCUGUAUCUCCCUUCGUCUGAUCCUUCUGAUUUUGAAGCUCUCACACCAGGGUAUUUUUUGGUUUUUCGCUCCCUCAGCGCUCCUCCUGAUAACGAUGUGA